AUGUUUCAACUGCCAAUCUUGAAUUUUAGCCCCCAGCAGGUAGCGGGGGUUUGCGAGACUUUAGAGGAGAGCGGGGAUAUUGAACGGCUCGGACGCUUUCUUUGGUCGCUGCCAGUCGCGCCGGCUGCCUGCGACGCGCUCAACAAGAAUGAGUCGGUCCUGAGAGCGCGAGCCAUCGUGGCCUUCCACACCGGGAACUUUCGCGAGCUCUAUCACAUUUUAGAAACCCACAAAUUCACCAAAGAAUCUCACUCCAAACUGCAGGCCCUUUGGCUGGAGUCGCACUACCAGGAGGCGGAGAAGCUGAGGGGCCGCCCGCUCGGACCGGUGGAUAAGUACAGGGUCAGGAAGAAGUUCCCACUGCCCAGGACGAUUUGGGACGGGGAACAGAAGACUCACUGCUUCAAGGAGAGAACCCGACAUUUGCUCAGAGAAUGGUACCUACAGGACCCAUACCCGAACCCUAGCAAAAAGAAGGAGCUCGCGCAGGCUACGGGACUCACUCCCACACAAGUGGGAAACUGGUUCAAAAACCGCAGACAAAGGGACAGAGCUGCGGCCGCAAAAAACAGGCUACAACAGCAGGUUUUGUCCCACGGUUCCGUUCGGUCUCUAGCGGAGGAGGACGGCAGUGUGGACCGACUCGGUACCGCAUCGAGCCCCGAGGCGAGUCUGUCGAGGAAAGCCGCUGCUUCGGCAAUCUCAAUCACUUCCAGCGACAGCGAAUGUGACAUUUAA